AUGCCCAAAGCCCUCGUAAUCACCAAAAUCGACGGCAAACCCGGCCAAGUCUACUACCCCCUCUCCACAAUCACCCAACCCACCCCGACCCCCUCCGCCAACGACCUGAUAAUCCACAUCUCCGCCGCAGCCCUCAACCACCGCGACCUCUUCAUCCGGCAAGCCCUCUACGGCGCCAUCGGCUUCGGCGUGCCCCUCCUCGCCGACGGCUGCGGCAUCGUAACCUCCACCGGAACCUCUCCCUCCGCGAAAAAAUGGCUCGGCAAGAGGGUGAUUCUCAAUCCAGGACAUGGAUGGAAAGAUAGUCCCGAUGGACCGGAGAGUGCGACUGGGUACGCGAUUCUAGGGGGUACGAAACUGAACCCGCUUGGGACGGCAAGUGAGGUGGUGAAGGUUGAUGCGGGGGAGGUGGAGGAGGCGCCGGGACAUUUGAGUGAUGCGGAGGCUGCGGCUUUGCCGUUGGCGGGAUUGACGGCUUGGAGGGCUUUGGUUACGAAGUCUGGAGCUGCGCAGCCAGGGAGGAAUGUGCUGGUCACCGGGAUUGGUGGUGGGGUGGCGGUUAUGGCGUUGUUGUAUGCGGUUGCGGCGGGGGCGAAUGUUUAUGUGAGCAGUUCUUCGGAGGAGAAGUUGAGGAAGGCGAAAGAGCUUGGGGCGAAGGGAGGUGUCAACUAUAAGGAGAAGGGCUGGGAGAAGAAGUUGCUCGAAAUGCUGCCGAAGGAUCGGAAAAAGCUCGAUGCCAUCAUCGAUGGUGCUGGCGGAGAUGUCGUCGAGAAGGGAGCGAAGUUGCUUCGGGACGGCGGCAUCAUCUCCCAAUACGGCAUGACCGUUUCCCCCAAAAUGACCUGGCUCAUGCCCGCGGUCCUCAAAAACAUCGAGCUCCGCGGCAGCACAAUGGGAUCCCGGAAGGAAUUCGCGGAAUUGGUCAAAUUCGUCAACGAGAAGAAGUUGAAGCCGUUGGUGCAUCGGACUGUGAAAGGGAUCGAUAAUUUGAAGGAUAUCGAUUCUUUGUUUGAGGAUAUGAAGAAUGGAAGUCAGUUGGGGAAAUUGGUGAUUGAGAUUGGGGGCGCGAAGAGUAGGUUGUAG